UCAUGACGUCGCAGCGAUGCUUGUGACUUGCGAAAUGGAGCUAGGAGCAGGUCGAAACAACAAGCCUCUGUGUCUGAGGAUCUUAUUCCGAAAUAAAACUGAAACAUCGACAGGCAGGACAACAUUGACAACAGCCGAUUGGAUACCACCACAGCAGCUAACACACACCUCAUGAAAUGCAGCACUUGAUAGGAUGAACAGCAAUCACGAAGAAGAUGAGUUUGUUGCAGUGCGGGUCCAAGAUCCCCGCAUUCAGAAUGAAGGCUCAUGGAAUUCAUAUGUGGAUUAUAAAAUAUUCCUACACACCAACAGCAAGGCCUUCACGGCCAAGACGUCCUGUGUGCGUCGGCGCUACAGUGAGUUUGUCUGGCUCAAGAGGAAGCUGCAGAAGAACGCUGGCUUGGUGCCAGUCCCAGACCUACCAGGAAAAUCUUUCCUCUCCUUCAACAAUGAGGACUUUCUGGAGAGGAGAAGAAAAGGGCUUCAGGCCUUCUUGGACAAGGUGGUGCACACGACAGUAUGCCUGUCAGACAGCCAGCUCCACCUCUUUCUGCAGACCCAGCUGCCCGUUGGUCACAUCCAGGACUGCGUUCAGGGCCACACUCCCUACUCUGUGACAGACGCCAUCCUCACCUACGCCUCAUCUAACUGGGGCUUGGCUCAGGCUCAGGAGGAUGAUUCCAUCAAGGAGCCAAGUUUGACUGUUUCUUAUGAGUCCAUGGAGAGCCCAGCUCCUCAUCAACCGUGCUUACAACCCAAUGAGACUUUCAUCCCUGAGCUUCUCUCAUGUGGAGACUCUGACCCUCUACUUGAGCUCCAUGAUAAGGACACAGCUGAACUGCAGCACAAGGAGAAAUCCUCAAUAAGGAUCCUCCAGAAGAACAACCAUCUACAGGCUGUUGUUGAGUGUGACCGUGGCCCGGCAGAGGCAACCUUUUUUCUGGGUGACAACCAGGAUGACACAGAAAGCCUCAGCCUUGUAGAACAGACCCAGCAGAGAAGCUGUCAGAUGCAGACACCAGUGGAGGUGCACUCACCCAUGGGGACAGGCUUAGAAGAGGACUGUGGGGUGGAUAGUGUCUUUACAGAAAGAGAGGAAAAGGAAGGCCUUCUGAUAUUAGAUAAAAAAGAAAUGACUGUACACUAUUCAGAAAUGGAGGUGAAGGCUAAUCAACUGGAAAGUCCUGGGGAGGCAAAUGUAGACAAGGUGACCUGUGAGCCAGAAAAAUGUAUGAAUUCUGGAGUGAUUUCAGAUUUUAAGGACAAUGACUCUGAGAAACAUGUCACAGAAAGCAACACCAGAUCUCAGGAAGAAGUUCUAGAGGUCAUCUGCUCUGAGAAGCAGGUUUUAGAAAACCACAUCAUCUCUGAGGUAAAUGGUCUCGACCACACUGAUAGCACUGAGGGUCCCGCUUCAGAUGUCAGUUGUCUGGAGGAGUUAAGCAAGUCAGAAGGGCAAAAAGAGCAAGACAGUACAAAAGGUUAUGAAUUUGAAAGCAAAGAGGAGACACCACUUCAGUCAGAAAUCCAUGCAGAAACCUGUGAUGUGAACAGUCUCUCCGAGGUUGGAAGUAGUGAUGCUGUUCAAGAAACGGACCAAAAGGAAGUCGAACAAGAAGUGGAUUUGGUUGGGACCAAAGAUGAGAGCAAUGAAGACAGCCACUCACUGCCAUCUUCCAAUGAGAGCAUCGUCAAGGUCAGCGAUGAAGAAAGCAUUUGUGAUGAUGAGUCUAAAGACUUGAUCCAGGCUGCAAAUGGCCUCAUGAAAAGUUCUCCUGAGGAGGUCUCUCACUGGUCAAAGGCAGAAGCCUCCAGCAGGAACAUUUUGGACCUACAGAUGAAUGGAUGCUCUGCCCAAGAGAAUGAGGACCAGCAAUAUAUUACAUCUCUGGACCUUAACUCGACUGUAGCUGGUGGAGAUUUGACUGAAAGUAGUGACUUCAGCAUCUUAGAGACCAGCAGCGUGCCUGGAGUAGUACCUGAUAGUAAAUGUAUGGAGCAGGAAACCCUGUCCUUGCUGUCUUUGGAUGCCUCAGAGGAGACUCAUGAGGUGCAGGUGCAUUAGUCAAACAGCUGCAACGCCACCUGCAGCUCAUGAGACCACACUGCACGCCCACUGAGCCACAGCAAUGGAUGGUGGGAGUUGCCCUCUGCAAGAGACGCAUUCGGACACAAGGUACACACUGGGAUUUUUGUUGUGUUACAUUAUACUUCAUUUACGUCACCAGUCAGUCAUGUUGUAGGUAUAACUUGAUUUUAAAAUAGUGUUCAUCUAAUUUUAAAAUGAUUAUCUUCAUUUGCACUCAGGUACACUAAAUAUUUGACACUGUUUUUCUCCUUUAAUUCCUCUGCCAUGCACGAUGAUUGGGUUUUUUGGGAAGAGCAGACAGUGCCCAACUUCACAAACA